CCAAUGUAGUAAUAUCUAUUAACUUCUGAACAAAAUGUGUUCAGUGUGUGUUUCCACCUCUAACACUGAGAACUGUAUUAUCGAUAAGCCUGCACUAUCAACAAACAAACAACAAAUUCAUUGUGUAAAAAGAAAAAUCCAGCAGAUUGCGAAAAAAUAUUUAUACAAAAUUUACUACUAAAUGAUGACUUUAACGAAAACAAUUGACCAAGCAACUAUUUUAACCGGAGAUCGGUCGAAGUUAAAAGAUUUACUGGCAAGUCGUUUGGCCGAGUGUGGUUGGCGUGAUGAAGUACGUCUUAUGUGUCGGAAUACGAUUAAGGAAAAAGGAACAAAUAUAAAAGUUGAGCAACUUAUUGCUGAUAUUACGCCAAAAGCACGCACACUUGUACCUGAUACUGUCAAAAUGGAGUUAUUAAUGAAAAUUAAAACUAUACUUGCUAAGCAAGAAGGUAUAGAUUUGUAGGAAAACGAGUUAUUUUUAAUACAGUAAAAAUUAUGUAUUGAAAGUUUUAAAUAAGGCUGAAGUUUGUAAUUUAUUGAUUUGCAAAAAUAUAUAUGUGGACACAAAUGCUUUAAAAGUAUUUUCAAUAAAUUAAAAAAUUUCUGAAGUAAAAUACUCAUAAUUAAUGAAGAUUAAAUUACAUGAAAUAUUCAAUACAUAUAACGUUAAUUCGAGUAUCGUUAAUACAAAUCAAAACCCUUAAAUUCUUCCUUUCAAUUUGAAGAAGUUUAGGAAUUGUAUUGAUCAAAUUCUUCUUAACUUUCAAAGUCAAUUUUAAUAAUAUUUGUUACAUGUAUGUAGUAUUUAUUUAGAUUGCUAAUUAUUUUAAUACUUUUUGUAAAC